GUAGAAUAUAAUUCAGUCAGUUCAGUUCAGAUUCACUCUAGACAUCGCGUUGAACAACAACCUUGACUUCAGAUAUCGUCUAUAGUCUUCAGUCUUCUUGACGUUACUUUGUGCCGCGUUGCUAUAUUCAACAUGUUUGGAGGAUUCGGUGGAGCUCUCAAAAACUUGACUAGCCAAGUUGAGGAUGUGGUGGAGAAGACAAAGAAGGAGGUAGAGGAGUUGGCAAUAGAGAAGAAGAAGGAGGCUGAGACCUUGGUUCAGCAGCAGGUGAAGAAGACAAGUGAAGCUCUCCUCAGCACCAAGGCUGGGGUUGAGCAGAAAGCUGUAGGAGCUGCCUGUGAUGCCAAGAAGGCUGCCAUUGAUGGUUUUGACAGGGAGUGUGCCAAUGCUGAAAAAACCGCAGAGGGAGCAGUUAAGGAGAUAGGAGGAUUAGUUCCCCUUUUAGGAAAACUAAUUCCGGCCUCAGAAAUUAAGACGGAAGCAGCGGCUAAGACAGAGGCAGCCACAGAAGCAGCUAAAGAUGCCACCGCUGGCGCUAGUGAUGCUGCUAGUGGCGCCAGUGAUGCUGUCAGUGGAGCAAUCGCUGGUGCAAUAGGAGGCUUGGAUAGCCAGAUCCAUGGGGCAGUGCAGGGUGCAGUUCAUCAGGUAGGAGAAGUGGUUGACCAGAAGUUGAAAGAGGCUGACCACUUUGUAGAUGAGAAGAGAGACGAGGUGGUGAAGCAGAUCAAGGACGCCACAGGCAAGGCUACAGGGGAGGCAGAGGCUGGCAUUGGCUCUGUGCUGGGGAAGGCCAAGGGACUGCUUAACUUUUAAGAGCACUCGGUGCACGUUUGCUUCAGACAGCUCUGUACCACUACAAGAACUGUGUUCCUGACUGAGUAAUGCACUCAAGUUGAGUAUCAAGGUUAUUGUCGUUGAUAUUCGUCCAUCGUAUAACGAGUUGUAUGUUAGAACCUGCUUUGUCCCAUCCAUUCCUCGGUUUUAGUUUUCUACGAUUUUGUUAUUUGUAAAUAUUGUUUGUGUCAAAAUUUGCCUCAAAAGGCAGGUGUUGUUUUGAUGUUGUUUGAUUCGGCUAAGCUGUGUUGUUGAAAAAUUUAUUUAUGUUACUUUUAUAUUAUAGGUACUCUUAUACAAGUUGUACUUGAAAAAUAGUUAUAUAUCAUACUUAAUGGCAGCUGUUUUACAACUGGUUGGAGCCCGUUUUGAGCUAUUUAAAGUUUUUGAUUCAUUUUAAAACAAACAUUCAAGUCGUUUAACAACAUGAUACUUAUCCAUAGUAAUUUUUUGAAAUUCAUUUUUAAAAGGCAUAGCUUAUUGAUUAAGCAUACCAAAGUUCUGAUUUAUAAGAAGCUUACUAUUGUACAUUAUUGGGAAAUGCAUGAAUGCAUUUUUCAUGCACCAUUCAUUCUUUGAGAAUCAAAAAGUAUUUUUACAAUAUAGAAGAUUUAGAUCUGAGUUAAAGGCCUAAUAGAUAGAUAGAUCUGUUUGUUACUUAAAAAUACAUCUUGUGUUUUGUUACUUAUAUAGUACAAUUAUGACAGCCAAUCAAAACGCUUGUAUACAUUUAUAUUUAUAGAGCUCUUAUAUUUUUUUACAGUUGUUGUUGUGUUACACUAAGCUAGUUAUUGUUAGCAUUUUGAAUGAUAAGUAAAUGCACUAACGAGCACACAAGUCAAUUAAAGUAGGCCUACCAGCUACUUUAAAAAUGUAUUUGUUAAUCAUGCAUCAAUAAAUACAGAUAAUUUUA